UUUGUGCCGCUAAACGUUUAACCCAGCAAUGCGCGGAUAUUGUCUGAUGGUACCAUUAUUCCUGACGUUGGUAGUUGUAUGUCCGGCAGUGGGAAAGAGUCGUGUGACGCGUAAUGAGAAGUGUACUGAUGGAACUUACGAGGAGGAAGGAAAAACAUGCUGUCUCUGCUCCAGCGGCGAAUAUCUUGAUGGUGGGUGCAGUAGCACAAAAGAAAACUGUAGGCCAUGCUCAGAGGGGAAUACUUACCAAAGUGUCGCAAACAAAGAGCCCAACUGUGAACCCUGCACUAUCUGUAAUUAUAAAGCCAAUUUAGAGACAGAAAAGAAUUGUACAGUGAACGAAGAUACAGUAUGCAAGUGCCGGAAAGGAUACUACUGUAACCCAGAAAGAAGACCGUGUAAGGUCUGCCACCCCUGCAGCAUAUGUGAGGGGCAGUGGGAGGAGGUGGAGUCAUGCACAGCAACUAGUGACACAGUGUGUAAGGAGGAGGCAGCAGCUCCUGCAGUAAUCGCUAUUCCUUGUGUGGGUGCAGCUCUCAUCUUUGCCUUUCUUGGUUACAAAUUCGGUAAAAAGAGUAGAUGUUGUUCUCGAACUGACGCGGAGUCAGUGGGAGUGCAGGAAAUGGAACAUUUACAAGGUGUUGAUCUGGAGCCUCAUCUUCAAGCAAUUGCUGAUGCUUUGGGCUGGAAGGUGGUGAGGCAUCUGGCCCGGCUGGACAAUAUGUCCCAGGAAGUGGAGAAUGUCCAGAUCAGCUACCCUACAGAUUCUGCCGAGUGGAGCUACAGAGUCCUGAAAGCCUGGACUCAGAAACAGGGUCUUGAGCGCGGCUACAGCAAGCUGAUAACCACUCUGAGGAGAGAGCAUUAUUCAAGCCUUGCGGACAAGGUAGCAGAAAUUGUUAAGAGUGGCCAAGAGCAGUCUGGUAGCAAUGGGAAAGAAGUAAAUGCAUAA